CCGGAACAUUAUACAACUGGCUGCUCAGAGGAGGGAGGAGCUGUGGGGCCAGUGAAUAACCCGCCUGCUGCAGCGAGGGACUGACACAGGACUGUAUGUUCAGUCUCACAGCCCAGCGAACUCUCCCUGAUCGGAAUUAACCCUUUUGCCGCUGUUGGUCCUCCUGCGGGGAGCUGGCUGGCUGCUGUUCAGGCAAACCCUCGAACCCAGACCCCACAGGAAACAGAACAAGGAUGAUUGAGCGACCUGGAGUCGUUUUGGGCAGUGCCUGCUAAGGCCUAGUUGACCCUGGGGAUAAAAGCAGUGCCAAGGAUACCUUUGAAACAGUUAAUUCGAACACAGCUCAGACCCAGCCUGGCUGGUCAGGGUAUUCGGACAAAACUCACCAUCAAAUUAUAUUUGAAAGCAGUUUUUCCUGAUCACCCCACGUAGCCAAACUGCAUCUGAGUUGUAAUCGAGUGAGCUGCUUUGAAUCUGUCCUUACGAAGGGCUUUGCCGGCAUUGCCAGACCCAGUGCGAACAGGCCGUAGUUACCGCUGGCUGCAGAAAGGUGAACAUGUCCCCUGGUUUGGAGUCUGCAAUUCCUUCGGAGACAGAACAGAUGUGCAAUGGGUCGUAUCACGCUGAGAAGAUGAAGCCAGAGCCACUCCUGGCCUCUCAGGAAACUCAAAUGAAUGAAAACGGAACAACUCACGUGCCCAUCCCCCCCCAGGGUGGAAAGAGCAGCAAAAUUUGCCCUACAGGUUUGCUGUCUGGGUUGAAACUAAGGGUGCAUCGCUGGGCAGUUCCAAUCCUGGCUCUCAAUUUCAUACUGUUCAUCAUCAUCAUCGUCCUCAUCGCCGUGUCAGCAAAGAAACCUGAGUCGUGUCCAGCUUGUGCUGCCUGCCUAGUGGCUGCCUGCCCAGACAGCUGGAUCGGGUACCUGGGGAAGUGUUACUAUUUCUCAGAGGCUGAAGGGAACUGGACCUACAGCCAGAGCCACUGCUCGGGACUCAAUGCCUCCCUGGCUGGGAUUGACACCCAGCAGGAAAUGGAUUUCCUGAUGAACCAUAAAGGACCCUCUGACCACUGGAUCGGCCUCGGGAGGGAACCGGACCAACCCUGGAUGUGGACCAACAGCACCGAAUUCAACAAGUGGUUUCCAAUAGCGGGAGGAGGCCUGUGUGCUUUUCUGAACAGAGGUGAUGUUUCCAGUUCAAGCUGCUGGAGAAAUGCACGCUGGAUCUGCAGCAAAGCAGCAGAGAAACCAGCAGGCAGAGCAAAGUGACUGAGACCUGGAUCAGUCGGACCUUGUCCUGUCAAUAGGGCUGGCCCAAGCUGCCUCAGCGAGUGGGGAACUGAAUGGGACUGGUGAAGUGGGACAGCCCCAGCAGCAAGGAAGAGAGACGCUCGCUGAAGGACAUCAGGUAGCUCCUCCCCUUGGAGCCUCUGUCACCCAUUGGCCCAUUUGAGAAAUCCCUGGAGCACCCCACAUUAACAUUCCAGCAGCCCCACUCUGAAUUAGGAGUUGGACUCACGGGGUGGGGUGAAAGCAGCAAAGAAUCCUGUGGCACCUUAUAGACUAACAGACUUUUUGGAGCAUGAGCUUUCAUGGGUGAAGACCCACUUCGUCAGAUGCAUGUCUGGGUGGGGUGAGACUCCGUGGCCCUCCCAGGCUGAGGGCAGCCCCUGUGUUCAGGUUUAAUAACAUUUGGAGCCUGCCACGUAAAAUCCAUCCACGGGCCUGUGCUUACUUUGCCUCUGCGUCCUCAUCAAUGUUGCUUCUCCAGCCAACAUGCAGCUACCCCCGGCCUGAGUGAACCCCUCGGAACCAGACAGCCAGCACCCCAACAAUCGGACAGAUGGACAGUAGCCAUAAGAUAGGACAUGGCAGUUGUUUGUACUUCACAAGCAGCAAGGUUUGACAAGUUGGCAGCAAGGCCUGCUGGGAGAGGAAACGUGUAUAAACGCCCAGGCUCCGUCUAUGGCACAGAGAAGGAAUCUUUUGACUUGGAAACUGGAAGGGGAGCAGCCAAACUUGCAGCGUCCCUCCUGUCAGAGGCCCUAGGCAGGAACCAGAGAAGAGCUGGGGCUAGACUGAUCUGCCGGAGACUGUCUCUGGAGAUGCUGUGGCCCUUGCAGCCAUGGAGUGAAGGGGCCGGGUGAUCCCUGCAGCCUGGGGGAAGGACUCGAACUCCUGCUAUAAGGCGAGAAGGGCUGCUUUGCAGGCCCUGCUGCGAGGGCUUCGGGAGCGUGAAGAGGCUCUGUGGACAAGAGAGGAUGCGCGCGCACACAUACAAAAUUUUUAUAAUAAUAAACCAGCUCCAAAAUUUUUA